UUCCCUUAAAAAGUUCAAGCUGUUCAAUGCAGGCUGUCAAGUUGCUUUCUAGCUUGGAAAAUGUAGGAAACAGACCUCUCUCUUUUCUAUUUCUGAGGCUUUGUAGAGAGAGCACUUUGCAAUGAGCUGUGAAGUUCUUUCUUGAGACCAAAGCCCUGAAAAAGCCCUCCUGGAUGGUGCCUGAGAACUUCAGCAUGCUUACCCUCCUUGGUUUCUUCCUGGGAUCAAGGAUGUGGAGGUAGGACAUUUCCUUUUCUUCCCAGGCACGCUGUGAACAGAAUCGAGUGAGUGUCAUUAGUAAUGGCAGCGUGGAACAGACUGUGAAAGGCAGCUCUCAACCUUACCAGGAUGUGUAGGAAAAUGAAGAUACUUCUCCUGCUGCUGCUACAGCUAUGUUGUUACUUUAGAGCUGGAAGUUGUGGAAAAGUUCUAGUGUGGCAAAUGGAAUUCAGCCACUGGAUGAAUGCAAAGGUAAUACUUGUUGAACUUGUGCAGAGGGGACAUGAGGUGACAUUUCUCAGACCUUCAUCUUCUGUUUUUUUUGAUCUCAAUAAUCCAUCUGGUAUAAAAUUUGAAACUUUUCCUACAUCUGCCACUCCAGAAGAAAUGGAGAAAUUUUUCACACAAUGGAUUGAAAACUGGAUAUAUGCUGGGCCAAAGGAUAUCUACUGGAAAUACUUUCCACAACUACAAAAGCAUUUUUGGGACUAUUCUGAAGUUUCUCAAAGCAUUUGCAAAGAUGCAGUUUUGAACAAGAAGCUUCUGACAAAGUUACAAGAAUCAAAGUUUGACGUCCUUCUUGCAGAUGCAGUCUUUCCCUGUGGCGAGCUGCUGGCAGAGCUACUGGAAAUCCCUUUUGUGUACACUCUCCGCUACAAUCCUGGCUACACAUAUGAAAAGUACAGUGGAGGGCUUCUAUUUCCUCCUUCUUAUGUACCUAUUAUUUUGUCAGGAUUAAGUGGUCAGAUGACCUUCAUGGAGAGGGUAAAAAAUAUGAUGUGCAUGCUGUAUUUUGACUUUUGGUUUCAGACUUUAAAUGAAAAGAAGUGGGAUCAAUUUUACAGCGAAGUUUUAGGGAGACCCACUACAUUAUACCAAAUGAUGGCAAAAGCAGAAAUAUGGUUCAUUCGAUCCUACUGGGAUUUGGAAUAUCCUCGACCAACCUUACCAAAUACUAUUUUUGUUGGUGGACUCCACUGCAAACCUGCCAAGCCCUUGCCUAAAGAAAUGGAAGACUUUGUGCAGAGCUCUGGAGAACAAGGUAUUGUGGUGUUUUCUCUCGGGUCAAUGGUCAACAACAUAACGGAAGACAAAGCCAAUAUGAUUGCUUCAGCUCUUGCUCAACUUCCACAAAAGGUUAUUUGGAGAUAUAAUGGAAAGAAACCUGAUACGCUAGCACCCAAUACUCGAAUGUACCAGUGGAUUCCCCAAAAUGACCUUAUUGGUCAUCCUAAAACCAAAGCUUUUGUAACACAUGGAGGAGCCAAUGGUAUCUACGAUGCCAUCACUCAUGGAGUCCCUAUGGUGGGGAUACCUUUGUUUGGGGAACAACGUGAUAACAUAGCUCACAUGAAAGCCAAAGGAGCAGCUGUUGGAUUGGAGUUCACAACAAUGUCAACUACAGAUUUGGUCAACGCACUGAAGACAGUCAUUAACAAUCCUCUCUAUAAAAAGAACGUCAUGAGGUUAUCAACCAUUCACCAUGAUCAACCAAUGAGGCCCCUGGACAGAGCAGUCUUCUGGAUGGAGUUUGUCAUGCGCCACAAGGGGGCCAAGCAUCUGAGGCCUCUUGCCCAUAACCUCACCUGGUACCAGUACUACUCUCUGGAUGUGAUUGGCUUCCUACUGGCUUGUGUGCUGACCAUUUCUCUACUUGUCAUAAAAUGUUGCCUAUUUUGUUAUCAAAAGAUGUUAAAGAUAGCAAAGAAAAAGAAGGAGUAGACCGAGAGACCCAUAGAUACUAGGUGUAAUAAGUGGGCCUAUAGUAUUUAGUUUGUUCACUGUAGAUCAAGCAGGGGUAGGAUGAUCCUCAGUGUUUUACAAGUCUGGCUCCCUCAUUUGUUACAUGCUAUGUUGCCAGUGAAAUAUUGAUGUUCAAUGCUAAUGUCAUAAUUCCUCAAAUAUACUUUGGCAGUCAUGUAUUAUGCUUCUUUUAAAAAGUUACAGAAUUGGUACUUUAUAUUUGAGAAAAGCAGAAAACUUGAAGUUUCACUUUGCAAUUUCAGAAAGAUUAUCUUUAAAUAAAAUGAUAUGAAAUGAGCUACCCGUGUUUCUGUUAAAUAAAACAGAAAGAAAUAUGAUGAACUUUAUGAGAUACAAUUCA